AUGAGUAUAAUUUCCGAAACCGAGGAUAAAAUCGUCUCCAUCGAUUACGACAGUUUACCUCAUCAAGUCAAAGCUCAAUUCGAAGGGUACAAAUCACAAUGCGAAGAGGUUAGUGAGGACUUCUAUUCAAUGAAAUGGGAAGAUAUACCUACCAUUAUCAAGAAUUAUAUCAAAGAGCAUCCAUAUGAAACUGCGUUUCACGUUGUGAACGGUGUAGCCUUCUUUGCACCUGGUGGGAUUUGGGGUCCAGCGUUGAGAGGAUUAGGAUUUACGAAGCUGGGUCCUGCUGCAGGUACAGCUGCAUCAUUUACUCAAUCUUAUCUUCAUCCAAUCAUCUCCAAAAGUGGAUUCGCAAUUUGUCAAUCUGCCAAAAUGGGCGGUGAAUUUGGUAUGACCAUGCUCAACGCUGUGUUCGGAUUCGGCUCAGCUAUAGCGGAAGGUAGUUCCUGGCUUGGUAAAUGGAUAAAAGAAGGAAAGUUGGAGGUGGAUGAUCAGAUAAGGAGUGAGUAUGAAGAAUUGUCAGAAUACAUAUCAACCGAAUUGUAA